AUGGGCGUCUCGGCGACGGCCGCGCGAGGCCAGGACGAGACCAGCAACGUCAUCUCCGUGCAUGGCUUCAUGUACAAGCAAGGCAAGCGCACGAUCAAGGGGCCGCUCCACAAGAGCUGGCGGAAGCGGUACUUUGCGCUCGAGAAGACCAAGAUGUACUACUUCCAGAACGACCUCGAGUGCCGGCAGUACUUUACGACGCGCAACCCCGACCUCGUCGUCGGCGUUGUCGAGCUCAAGGACGCGCUCCAGCUGCGCCCCUCUGGGCGCCUCGACUUGCCGACGAAAGGCUUCGAGGUGCACACGAAGCGCCGCCUCUGGGUGCUCUGCCCCGAGACGGACGACGAGUUCCACAUGUGGUUCGAGGCCGUCGAACGUGCGAUCGUGGCCACUGGCGCCGGCAACGUCAUCGAGCGCAACCUCCCGAACGUGCGCACGUACGUCAUGAAGGGCCUCGCCACGUACCGCCUGUUGUACCUGCUCUUUCUGCUCGCGGGACUUGUCGAGUUGGCGACGCUCGUGCUGUGGUUCGUCGUCGGUCUGCAGCCGUGCGAUCAAGCGCGACCGACCGACUCGUGCAGCUUGAUUCUAUCGCAGACCAUGGACGUGCUCCACUGUCAAUCAUCGCCGUUCAACGGGGUAUUUUCCCCGCCGCAGUUUUGGCUCGACUUUGCCGGGGUCGGCAGCGUCGCUUGCUUUGCAUCGCCGAGCGUUGGCCAAUGGAUCUCGUAUCUUUGCCUCCUUCUCGCAGAAUGCAUUAGCUUUGUGCUUGGUGGCAUCUACUACCUUGGUAUGUGGAAGCCUGUGCGCCGCGGUGCGCACUACCUCGACGAGUUUGAGCCCAAGCUCCCAGACGACCAAUGGCCCAAGGUCGACAUCUUUAUCUGCCACUACUCGGAGCCGGCCGAUGAGACGAUCGAUACGCUCGCCGCGUGCAUGAACCUCCAGUACCCGCCGCAUUUGCUUCAGAUAUUCAUCCUUGACGACGGCUACUGCAAGGCCAAGUGGACGGCCAACGACCCCGUACCAACCAUCGAACUCAACAAGAGCGUGAUGGAGAAGGCCGGCGACUUGCGUCAGGAGGUUGCGCAAUACAUGUACGACCGCGUCGGCGACCCGAACGAAGACAUGGAAGUCUACGCUUGGCGCAAGCUCCACUCGUCCGCCAACCUCCCGACGCCGUCCCGGCCCCGUGUUGUCAACCGCGCCGACUGCGCGGUUGGGUCGUUCCGCGACGACUACCGGUACAGCGGUCUUCCGCACGUCACGUUCAUUGGCCGUGUCAAGCCGCCGACGCACUACUCAAAGGCCGGCAACAUCAACAACGCGUGCUACAACGAAGGCGCGUCGGGUCGCUACUGCAUCAUCCUCGACAACGACAUGCAGCCGCACCCCAAGUUCAUCCUCGCGACCUUGCCAUUCUUUUUCGACUCGGAAGAUCAACAAGGAAAGCACAAGUACAUGUGUUGCACGCCAGGUUGCAACCUCGUUGCGCGCAUGUGCUGUGCGUCGUGCAAUAUCGCUGGCGUCCCGGACGAGCAGAUGAGCUACUGUUCCAAGGCGUGCUUUGAAAAGGCCAUGCACACGGCGUCGGCGCUGCACCGGCGCCAAGUCAACGGCACGGUCAGCGCGACGAGCUCGGUCUGUCAGGAUCUGAGCUGCGUCACGUGCGGUGGCACGGUGCACAAGAAGACGGGUCUCUGCAAGAAGUGCGCCACGCACCACACCAUUAGCAUGGACGACGGCCUGGUCACCAAUGGUUGCUACUCGGACGCGGUUGGCAGCAAUCACGUUGCGUUUGUGCAGACGCCGCAGUACUUCCGCGACUGCGUCCAGUUCCAGAUCGGCGAUCCGCUCGGCCACCGCAACGCAACAUUUUACGAUGCGAUCCAAACGGGCCAAGACGGGUACGAGUGCGCGUCGUUUGCAGGCACGAACGCCAUCUUCCGGCGCGAAGCGUUGGAUUCGAUUGGCGGGAUUCAGUACGGAUCGCUCACGGAAGACUGCUACACAGGCAUGCAGCUGUGUGGCCUUGGCUGGAAGGGUCUGUACUUUCGCAAGGACUUUGAAGGCGAGCCCUCCGAGCGUAUUCGACUCGCGGAAGGCCUCGUGCCUGACAACGUCGCGUCGUCGCUGGCGCAGCGCAAGCGCUGGGCGAAAGGCAACUUCCAGAUCAUGCUCAUGAACAAGAAAAAGAACUACUUUGACGCGCAGUGGGAGCGGCCGAGCUGCGCACUGCCGCCCAAGCCCACCAAGCACGGCUUCAUGCGCAAGGUCUUCUACAUCAACUCGACCAUUUACCCGAUCGGGUCCAUCUGCGCCGUCCUCUUUUACUACAUUACGCUCUACUUUCUCUUCACGGGCUACGCGCCGAUCUACCUCGGCGGCCUCCGCCUCCUCUACGGUCUCGUGCCCAAGCUCCUCAUCCAAGGCAUGCUCUCGGCGCUGAGCAACCGGUCGGUUGAAAACAACGACGUGGUCCGGUCCCAAGAAGCGUGGUUUGCGUACGCCUUCACGCACACGUCGGCCGUGUUUGAGACGUUUUGGUGGAAGCUAACGGGAAAAGAGCCAACCUGGUUUGUCACGGGCAGCUCGUCGCGCGGCUCGAUCACCGAGCUCCCGAACGUCAUCGUCUUCUUUGCACACGUGCUCGGCUGCAUCUGGGCCAUUAUCCGCUUCUUCGUGACGUACAACUCGCUCCAGACGUCCCACGGCGCGUCGCUCCUCGUCGCGAGUCUCAUGAUGGGUCUCUUCAUCGCGACCAAGCUCGGCCCGAGCGUCCGCAUGUCGAUCCAAGAGUACUUUGGCUGGAGCUACCACAGCCUCAUGGACAAGGGCAACUUCAUCGGCCAGUCGUUCAUCGCGUUUGGCCUCAUCUUUAUUACGCUCUGGGUCUACAUUGAAAAACCAUCGGUCAGCCCGUUCUGACCUCCAUAUUGCCUUCCCAAAUUGCCCUAUUGCCUUCCGACAUUGCCUUUCGUCAACAUCGAAAAUCUACUUUUU